UCUCUUCUCGCCGUCUCGAUCAGUCGGACACAAUAGGUGCCAUCUGGGUGUGGUUCCACCCGCGCCGUUCGUCCCUCCCCUGGCACGUCCGUCGAGUCCAGUCGCACAUUCCGACCCUCCCCAUCCGUGUGGUGUGACACCCGCAUUCCCCGCCGCGCCACCCCGCAAAUCCUGCCUACUAAACCCUACCUCCUUCCUCCCGACCUCCCCCCGGUGCGACCUCCACCCGGCUCACGAGCGGCAGGCACCAGGAAGGACGACUGGUGCUUUUUGUGUGGGGUGGAUUGGAACAUUGAAGGAUGGUUCUGAACAAGCUGCUCCAGCUGUUUGGAGUAGGCAAGAAGAAGAAGAAGAAGGAUUCCAAGAAGAAAGGAAAGUCCAUCAACCCUGUUUCGCAAGGUGCUGCUCCACACUCUACUUUUAAUAUCCUUGCGAGUCACAGUCUCUUGGAUCCAUGUUCAAGUGGGGCUGGUACGGUGCUAUCAGUGCCAAAGGACGAGCCUGAAUGUUCGAGUAAUAUCUCAUCGAUGGUAAAGGAAGGACAUGGAUCUGGAAAUGAGGAUCACAAGUCAUUUAACCAGUUUGAUGUUGUUCAAGAUUACUCCGACCACCACUAUGCAAAGACUUCACCAGGGAAGACCACGAAAGAUUGGGCGAAAACAAUCCAAAAUGAAUGGAAGCUUCUGCAGAGAGAUCUACCUGAAUCUAUUUAUGUUAGAGUUUAUGAAGAUAGGAUUGAUCUGAUUAGGGCUGCCAUUGUUGGGCCUGCUGGAACUCCAUAUCAUGAUGGUCUGUUCUUCUUUGAUGUUUGUUUUCCUCCUGAAUACCCGCGAUGUCCACCGAAAGUUCAUUUCCAUUCGAGUGGACUUCGGCUUAAUCCAAACUUGUAUGAGAGUGGUAAAGUUUGCCUCAGCCUGCUGAACACUUGGUUAGGUUCUGGAUCUGAGAAGUGGGGCAAGUCAAAUUCCACCAUGCUGCAGGUGUUGGUCUCCAUCCAGGGCCUUGUGUUGAAUGAUAAACCAUACUUUAAUGAGCCAGUCAUCUUUAGCUCUAAAGAAAAGCAUUCCCUUGGAUAUAAUCAGACUGCAUUUGUCCUAACCUGCAAGCUGAUGUUGUAUUUACUUCAUAAGCCUCCAAAGCAUUUUGAGACCCUCAUUGUGUGCCAUUUCCAUGAGCGGGAGCGGGCCAUCCUAGAGGCAUGCCGUGCAUAUGCUUCUGGCAUGGUCGUCGGAUCAUCGGUCAUGGAUGGCCGGACUUACCUCCGCAACAAGUGCUUUGCAGGUUUCAAGAAAUCCCUCGAUGCACAGACUGAACUUCUCGCGAAGGAGCUAUCCGCGAACAGACUUCAUGCGCUACAACUGAAGAGAGAGGUGGAUGCUGCAGAUAAGACCAUGUCUACCAGCUAGGCUUCUCGUGUUUCAGAAGACACCUGACCAUUGGCUGUAGUUUAGCACUUGCUCGCUAUUUGUUAGCUAUUUGAUGAAGAAAAUUUGCCCCUUGAUUUCUAUGUCUACCCACUUUUGUGGUUUUAGCAUGCAACCUUAGUGCAAUACAUGUUGGUAGAAACUUGUUACACUAGCUUCGGUGCCUGCAUAAAGAUGGCAAUAGAACCUGUGCCGCUUUGAUGAGCAGCACGAAUUGACUUCUUUUGUGUGUGCAACUCAAGACAGUUUGUGAAGUUUUAAACAUGAUUUGUUCA